UUUCAAUUUAUCGAGGUUUCCAGAUACGUCAAAAUACCAAUUAAAUCUCUGAAUGGUCUAUGUAACUGAAAAUUUUAUAUGAUAUAAUAAAUUUUGAGUUGGACAAUUAUUGGCGGUACGGAAUUCGAAAAUGGCUUUGAAGAAAGCAAACAUUUAACAACAACUUGCUUUAAGCUUUUUUGUCUGAUACCCCUCAUAGUAUCAAACGUCAGAAUCGAGAUUAAGAGAAGAUCAAGAUAGAAAAGAUGUUCUCUUUGAGGGACGGUUUUGUUACUUAUGUUAGAAGAAACAUGUUGUUUUAUCCUACCCCCUUGGGUUGUGCUUUAGGAAAUUUGGGAUCUUUGAGUUGCUUUUUACCUUGCGUCAAAUGAAGUUUCGAAACGAGAUUGGCUCAUAAUAGUUCUAACCAAAGAAUCUAUUCAAAGGAAAAGGACAAAACUUUCCAUUUACCAGAUGAAUAUUUUGAUGAAUGCCGACAGCUGUGUAUUGGCAAAGAUGACUGUUGCCAUAUUUUGCAUUCCCCUGUGUUUCACCGUGGCGAUCUUGAUUAAACAAAUUUACGCAACUUCAAUUAUUAAAGUUUGCCAAUUUCAAUAUUUUCUAAAACUGUGCAGCUAUUUCUAUACUUUUCAAAGAAAUGCUUCCAUGUUUAUGGUAACUGUAAUUUUUUCAAAGAAUUUAUGCUAGGAAAAUAGAUUCCAAUUUUAGUCAAGACUGAGUAAUAGUUGGUGGAUUAUUUAAUUCUUCAUUGCGUUGAAUUAGAUGAUGCCUACCACUUGUGUUGAAUCAAAUUCAAUUAACUGUCUAUUUGUUUUCAUAUUUGAUAGUGGUACUACCGUAAGCAUUAGCGAAAAACAUCACUCUUUCAAAAAAAUAAAUUAAUCAAGUCAUUUGAUAGGAGUUAAAUAUUAUUGCACGGUUUGAAUUGAAAUAUUUAUUAAGUUAAGUUAAAUUUGAUCUCUAUUUUGUACGGAUGCUGUUUAAAAUUAGAACUAAAAUGCUAUUUAGUUAACAAAUUAUAAUGGAAAUGAUCUUUGAACAAGCUCCCGCUGUUAAAGAUAGCAGCAUAAAUACAUAGGCUCUUGUGAUUUCUAUAAUUAAACCACUUUCUUAAAUUCAGACACCUUCUCAAGAGUUUGGAGAGGGACGUACUCGUUUGAAUGAUUUUUUGAAUAACAGCCCUGGAAGAAUCACAAAAGUACUACACCGAUAGUACCACUCUGCCAAUAUUGGCAGCAAAGUAUGAAUAUUUUACCACUUUUGCAAGUAUCUAUAACAAAGAUGAAUCUCAACUUGGUUCUUUUGGCCAUAUGCGUUGUUGUGGCCAAGUCUUCAGCUUCAGGAACAUGCCCAGUGUCUUUAGGGGAAUUCAACACAAACGAUGCUUCGGAAGACCAAUCGGAUACAACAUCAGCAUUGAUUUCAAUUCAAAUGAAUUGUACUGGGAUAAUAUAUGGAAUAAAUCUCAAUGCCACUGAGAGUGCCCGAAUAGACUAUGCAAUCGGCAGAGAACUGACACCCAGAGGCCAAAAUGGGACGGUUUACUUUUUGCAGGGAUACACCAGUGUCACUACUAGAAAGGGUUUGAAUGUAUUUAAGCUCCCUGGACUUUCGUUUGAAAAAAAUGACAUCGUGGUUUUAUUUUCUACCAAGAACAUCCUCCGUGAUGACAAUGGUUCAUUGAAUGCUUCCAUGUACCUUUUUUCACACAGAGGCUUUGCCCUUCAGAAUAUCAGCAGUUCAAAUGUAAUGCUUAACAUUUUCAGCAAUUCAACUCCUCGCAUGUCAAGGGUUCCAGUUAUGCUGAUAUUAAGAGAGUCCUAUGCACUGAGAGUCAAGGUGGGAGAACAGAAAGAAAGCAAUCAUGUUCAGUUUGAAUUCAAGGCUCCACUAGAACCCGUGCAGGCAGCCCAAAUCCAAUACAGGGAGGGAAAUUUAACUGGAGCAGAGUUACAAUUCAUUUGGGUAGACAAUAAAGGAGAACCUAUUACAGAGACUGGUUAUUUCAACAUCAACUCGAUUAUCUUAGUAGAGGUACUAAGAAAGUACUCAGGGCAAAAUAUUGUUAUCAAAGUGAAGCAAUAUCAUUUUAAAACGGAGUUUUUUGAAUUGGUGCUUGAAUUUCCAGUUUCAUGGUCAUGGAGUAGCUGGUCCCACUGGGCUAGCUGCCUCUUCAGUGACUCCUCCAAUACGACAACGGAAAGAAGAAGAGAGCGUCAAUGCAUAUACAUGAAUCAGCAAACGUCAUUCAGAAAUUGUCCAGGGAAUCAAUCAGAGUCAAUUGGCUGCACACCUCCUUGCUCUGAGUGUACAUCCUCAUGCUUCCCUUGUGGUGGUAAUAUGAAUUGUGCAACAGGACAAAUAAGUGCAGAAAUUCCAGCUAAUCGGACGCAUUAUCCAACCCAAUACUGCACCUGGAUAAUUGAAAGGCCUGUUGGAUUCUCCAUUGAACUCACUUUUAUAAAGCUGGAUGUUGGAAACUGGGAAUGUGCAAAUGAGAGGAUUUCGGUAUUUGAUGGUGUUGGUGAAGAAGAAUGCCUUGUUGGGGUAUUGUGCCGUAGGAAAAUUGAAAACCGAUAUCGGAGCAAUUCUAAUGCAGUUCAAAUAGUUUUUAAAUCUGGCGAGAGAAGCGAUCGAUCUGCUGCUUUUAACAUAACGUAUACUUCCUAUCAAAUGAAUACAUCGAAUGGCACACAACCUACUACUUGCCAGACUUGUGGCGGCAUCAGAAAUUCUACAAAUGGAAUAAUCAUGCCAAGGCUAUCUUUAGAUGGAACGUAUCUACCCAAUGAAAACUGCCUAUGGAGAAUCAUUUGCCCAGAGUUUCAAAUCAUAUUUUUCAAGAUUGAAAAUGUUCAAUUUUCUUCCACUAACGACUUUUUAGAGCUUCGCGAGUUUGUUAAUGGCGGAGAGUAUUUGUAUGUCAUAUCAUCAGACUUGGAAUUUUAUAGCCUAAGUAACUCAGUAAAUCUGACAUUCAGAUCUAGCCGUAAUCGUCAAAGCCUUGGUUUUAGAAUUCACUAUCAGGCAUUGAACUAUUCACAGUAUGUUGACAUCGAGCCUACGAGAAGCGGGAGUUUGUACAAUUACGUAUCAACGAUAGCAAGUGGACAUGUUGGUGCUCCAGUAUUAGCAAUGACACCGUAUAUGAUGACACCGAAUAUGAUGACACCGUAUAUGACCUCUUCUGUGCUUCCUCAAGUACCCAGAAAAACAAGCCAUUUUUGUCACGUAAGCGUCUUAAUUGAUUGGUCAAGUUGGAAUGAAUGUUCCCCUUACGAUGAUGAUACCUUCUAUGGAACGCGUUACAGAGAAAGAAUUUGCAAGCAAAUCACAAUUCAAAAGGAUAAUGGUUGUUUGGUGUCCAACACAAGUAACUGCCAUGUAGUGGAAGAAACUUUUUUGAAGGACAGUGAAGACACUUGCAACAUAACAUGCAUAAGGAAUGGAAGCUCUGUAUGCGACUCCUCUUUCAAUUUCACUCAGGUUGGCUGCAUCAGCUCUCUGCAGCAAAACGAGACUUGCAGAGCUAAGAGGAGAUGCGUCAUACCUUUCUACGGACAGUGGUCAGAAUGGUCGAGUUGUCAACUGAUUGAACAGAGACAAAACUAUUCUAAUGGCGUCCAAAGCCGUAAUCGAGUUUGCACAAAGAUAUCUUACGUGACAAAGUUUUCCAACCAGUGUACCAUUUCACACACUAAAAAGAAAAUUUGCCCUUAUUCUCAAAUAUACAAAAAUGAACAUAGCUACCAGUCACCAGAAUCGCCGUACACGGUAUGCGAUUCUAGGUGUAUCGGUAACAACACACAAGUAUGCAAAGCAACCAUUGUACUUUCAAACAGAUGCAGAGGAGCUAGCACACAGCAAAUGCCAUGUAACGUCACGCUGGAAACAGCAACCAUUCAUUCAAGCUUGGAUUGCAAUGUCACCACAUGUGGUCCUAUUUGGACAAACUGGGGCGAUUGUACCAAUCUUUGUGGCCGAUCAACAAGAAGUAGGUAUGCUGCAUGCACAAAAGAUAAUCUGUGUGAUGACUACCUGAAGCAAACUGAACCAUGCAGCCUGCCUCCUUGUGCUGUCAAUGGAGCGUGGACCGAGUGGGGAUCCUGGUCCGACUGCAACAAGACAUGCAUUGGCGGAAUUCAGACGCGCGUGCGCUCCUGCAAUAACCCGGCACCAAGAAACGGAGGCUUGGAUUGCUUUGGGAUUUCAAAUGAAAACAUGGAAUGCAACUUUCGACCCUGCCCAGUGGAUGGGAAAUGGGCACAGUGGUCAGCAUGGUCUUAUUGCGAUCAACCUUGUAACUCUGGGCGAUCAUGGCGCAGAAGACGAUGUGACUCACCGGCGCCGGAAUUUGGCGGACUGCCGUGCCCUGGAGCUGAAUCCGAGUACCUCUAUUGCAACCAUCAUGAAUGCAGCGCUUUGAGAGUUGACGCAAUGUUGGACUUCACCACUGAGACGUACGCAACAGGCCUAAACCAGUCCCUUCGUUCCCAACUUCAUGCGGAACUAAAGAACGAUGUUAUGUUGAUUUUCAACAAUUCAAAUAUCAUUGACAACGUGACAGUAGAUUGUCAUUUCAACGACACCUUAUCUUGCGGAAUUUCAAUUUUUUUCAAGCGUGUAGCAAAAGAUGGGAUUGUCUUAUUCCAAAACCAAAUCGAGGAUGUGGGAUAUUUGAAUUCAAUGGCAGUUUCAAACUGGGUAAUCAGCUCAAAUGACACCCCCAGUGCUCCGUUAUUGCUAACAUGUCAAAGCCUGAGCCCAACGGAAAUACGCUUGCAAUGGGAUAGAAUCGUAUUCCACAAGAAGAUAGCUGGUUACGUUAUAUACUACAGAGAACUGGGCAAGAGCACGUGGGAGCGAAUCGCUGAGUCGCCGCUUGCAAAUAAUUAUACUGUCGCAGACCUAAAGCAGUUCACGUUGCACACUUUCAGGGUUUCUGCAUCAACUAUGCAUGGCAAUGGAAUCUCGACCAAUUUCAUCGACUGCAUCACUGUUGAAGGAGCGCCUUUAGUACCACCCAGAAAUUUUCAAUGCAGAACUACAUCAUUUGUUUCACUGUACCUCGAAUGGGACCAUCUGCCGGACUAUGAAUGGAGAGGAAUACGAUCUGCCUAUAAUAUCGAAUAUAGAUCUUACAAAAGUUUUGAAGACUGGAAAAAUGUCAGUGUCCCAAGUGAUGUGCCAUUUUUCAGUUUGACAAACUUGAAGCCGUUCACAAUGUACGAGGUGAAAGUGUCUGCUGCAACACGAUCCGGAAGAGGACCAAGCUCUUGGAUCUACUGUAAAACUGCUGAAGGUGUUCCAACCUCUCCACCAUCAAAGCUUCGAGCUACGCUGAUAACAAAUGAUGGUGACAUCCUUGUACAGUGGAGCGAGCUACCAAAAAAUGUAACAGAUGGAGUUCUAACAGGCUACAAACUAUGUCAUUCAGUGGUUUUAAAGUCAGAUGAAAAAGUUCAGUAUGAGGUGGAGCAUUGUAGCAUCUUGCCAGAAUAUGCAAAUGCUGAUGUCGUAAAAGGAUUUGCCUUAAACGUUAAAGUGAUGUUCAAAGUUGCAGGAAUAACUGCAGCUGGGUCAGGACCUUUUAGCCCCCCAGUUUACAUCGAAACUUGUCUUUGCCCAAGAAAUGUAUACGUUUCAUGGUACGAAAGCAAACCAUAUAUUCAUGGUACACUAACCAGUGAAGUGUCAGGACUUCUUGCCAGCUUCGUCAAAGGAGCGAUACAGCAUGAGUGUGGAUUAUGCAGUGGCAAAGCCGAUCACAUGUUUGGCAACGUCACCUUGUAUUUCAACAAAACGAAAAGUGGAAAACGUGCAAGACUGAAAAAUGAAAAUGAACUCAAAAAUAGAUUGUCCAAUGAUGCACAUAUAUUUAUGCCGAUUCUAAUCAAGCAAUGCAAAUCUGCCUCUCAAGAAAAUUUGCGACAGGUCCUGGUUCUUGAAGAUCCGGGCUUCGUGCUGAUUGUCAAAGAAGAAAGCUCGAAGCUCAGAGUAUUGAUCAACAUCAUAGCAACGGCAUGGCCCCCAGUGGCUGUUUGUAUUCUGCUUGGAACACUUUUGGGAAUAUUGCUCUGGUUUCUGGAACGAAAAGAAAAUCCUGUGGAAUUUAAUGUUGAUAGCUACAUUCGAGGACUUUGUAGCGGUGCUUGGUGGGGUUACAUCACUAUGACAACUGUAGGCUAUGGAGACAUAACACCAAAGUCAUAUUAUGGAAAGCUUGUUUCAAUCGUUUGGAUGUUAGUUGGGCCUGUUUUAAACGGAAUGGUGGUGGGAAUAAUCACAACUGGAUUGACAACGUCCCUCGUCGGAUAUGACACAAAUUUAAAUGGAAAAACGGUUGCAACUGUUGCCAAUUCCUCACAAUACAAUUUUGCUGUUAGAAGAAAUGCAAAAGUGUUUGAUGGAGCUACAUUCUCGACAAACAGUGAAAUAGUUCAUGCAAUGGAUAAUGGCAUUGUUAAUGCAGCGAUAGUUGCUUCUAUACCAGCAGUAGAAAUGAAGGAUGUUUUGAACGAAAAAGGCAUAAGAAUUGCUCGUUUCUUCAGCAAUCCUCAUGGACUAGGCCUAGUGCUUGCCUCUGACUUGGUUGUGAUGAAAAACCGUAUUGAUAAAUACGUGAAAGCAAUGAAAGUGCAGAUCUUGGAACAAACAAAGGCGUUGAGAAAAGUUGUCCAGGACACCACAGACAAUAACAAAGAAAAAAAACAGGGCCUCUUCACUAGUUUGCUUCAAGACAAAAGCGCCUUCAAGAACUCUGUUACAUACUUGUGCAGCCUUAUCAUCGUCAUUUCACUCGUGUGUUUACUGGCAAAGAGAACUUAUGCUUUGGCCAGGACUCAUAGACUAAGGAAGGUUUUGCCUUUAGGGGCCAAUUUGCUAUCCCAGAUGGAGAAAACUGAAGAGCAACUUUUGACAGAGAUGGAUGAGGAAAUUGAAAGAAUCGAAAAGGCAUUUCAUGAAUUAGAUGAAAAGCAUGUCAAAGAAAAAACAGUUUGGUUGAAGAACAAUAACUACCAUUUUGGUUUUCGUGGUUGGAUGAAGUUUAAAACAACUAAAAACGAAAACAUUAUCCGCAAAAUAAGAUAUGAAGACAUUAUGAUUACUGAUUUGUAGGCUAAUUCAAGUCUGUUUGAAGUCAGGCACAGCUUUCAUGCCAAACUAAAUUACUCCAACACAGAUACCUACUUUAACACUUUUCCGUAACAUCAUUAAAAUAGAGAGCCAAGCUUUUCUUUUCAAAUUUUUGUAACCAAAAUAGUUUCUUAUAAGUCAGAAUGAUGUCUAAUUUAUUGGUAUUGCCAAGACCAUGCUCCCAGUGGCAUAUCAAUAUCAAAAUAAUAAUAUAAUAAUAAUAUUUCUUUAUUCACGAUGCAACCCUUUCAGCGACCUUUAUAGAAUGUUAAUUAAGUAUAAAUCCAUACGUUGAAUUAAAGAAGUAUAAUUACAAUCUUAAAAUGCUGUUCCAUCAGGGGAUCGUGUUUUAAUAGACGAAUCUGUCAGGUCUACAAGUACUCCUUAAGUUGUUAUUUGAAGCGACAAAUAAUCGGGAGUCUCACAUGUUCUGUAUUUAUUCUAGAAAUAUUCAGAUCUCUACAGUACCUUGUUGCAUAGUUUGAUUGCAAAGAUCUUUGCUGAGACUUAACCCAAAGGCUUUCUGGACUUAAUUUCUUCAUUAUCUUAUAUUUCAUGGCCGAUC